AUGUCCCAGUCUAACACAAAUGACAGCAUAGAUUUCGACAGGUCAAAUACACCUUAUAGCAGAAUGGAUGAAUGUGAAGCUGAAAAAGCUUAUUCUAAUAGAAGAAAACUACUAGAAUCCAGCUUAAAAAAAACUGUAAAGCGAAGCUCAUCAAGCACAAACUUGACCCACAAAAUACAGAAAAAAGCACAAAUUGAGAGAAAAUUCGACAGCAAAACGUCACAGGAAAAUGCUAUUUCGAGUGCAAGUAGAUUUUCUGUGCCGCUUUCUCAGGUAUCUUCGUGUGCAAUUCUUGUAAGUUAUAGGAUAAAAAAUGAAAUGGAUAGAGUUGGCAGAGAUAUCCAAGAAAACGCAAAUAGAAAAACCAUUGGUGAAAUCAUUUAUGAUAAGCAAGUAAAUUGAAAGAAAAAUAUUGAUAAUAAGUUAAAACAACAAAAAUUCAAAGAAGAGACCGAAGAAAUGAACCAAUGUCCGUUUGAGCCGAAAUUUCUAACAAAAGUUAGACCGGAAACUACAGAAACUCCUACAAGUAUCUAUGAUAAGUCCAAACUUUGAAGAGAUAAUGCAGAUUUAAAAAAACAAAAAGCGUUAGAAAAUAAAAUAAAAGAAGAGCUAGAGGACUGCUCAUUCAAGCCAAAUUUCAUAUCAAAGCAGCUAAGCUUAAAACAGUUUGAUUCUACUAUUUUUGAGCGAAGCAUGAGAUGAAAAGAAAAUGCUCUUGUCCAGUCCCAAAGAAAAUCUAAAGGGGUUUUAUUGCAAAAUUCAAGUAAAAAAUCGCCAGUGAAAAUCACUAUGAGACAGUUCAAAGAAAUCUGCAGUCCUAUAAGUAAAGACAAACUAGAAAUAAGAUAUCAGAUACUUGAUUCUAGUAUUGACUUAAUCAGCCAGCAAAUAGACAAUUCUCUUCAAGCCAGUUUAAUAGACUCGCCAUCCAAAUAA